CUUCACCCUUCUCUCGAAUCUUCACAAUUUGUGCCCGCCGCAUUUUUCUGCCCAUAUAAAUUCGUGUUUUGUUCCCGUGGUUUGACUCUGAAUUGGUCCCACACCCCCAUUCAAUUAUCAAAACCUCUGAUGCCUCAGAUCUGAUCAGUUCAACUUCUACGCAAAUCCAAGCCCCAGUAUCAGCCUUCCGUAACGUUUUCGCUUCUUCACCAUGACAACGCCACCGCUCAAGGCCGUGACUCUGACCCAUGUUCGGUACCAAAGGGGUGAUCAGCUGGGUCACUUUCUGGCCUGGGUGGCGCUAGUCCCGGUCUUCAUCAGCUUCGGUGGCUUCGUUUCUCAUUUCAUCUUUCGUCGCGAGCUCCAGGGAAUGUUCUUCGCUCUCGGCCUUCUCAUUUCCCAAUUCAUCAACGAGUUCAUCAAGACAUCGGUUCAACAAGCGCGUCCCGAGACGUGUGCUUUGCUGGAGAUGUGCGAUUCACAUGGAUGGCCCUCGAGUCAUUCUCAGUACAUGUUCUUCUUUGCCAUCUACUUCACUCUCUUGACUAGCAAAGGGAUCGGUUUUUGGGAUUCGAAGAACAACAUGUUCCUGAAUUUUAUAACAUGGUCUCUGGCACUCCUAACCAUGUAUUCUCGGGUUUAUCUGGGUUACCACACGGUGGCUCAGGUUUUUGCUGGAGCUACCUUGGGAAUUUUCCUCGGGGCGUCAUGGUUUUGGGUCGUUAAUUCUAUUUUAAUUCAGUACUUCCCUGCUAUCGAAGAGAGCGCAUUUGGAAGGCGGUUCUUUAUUAAGGAUACUUCCCAUAUCCAUAAUGUGUUGAAGUUUGAGUAUGACAAUGCCAGGGCUGCAAGAGAAAAUAUGGUGUCCAACUCUAAAUCUGACUGAUUCUUGGAAGAUAAAGAGGUUGACUGCUGUCACAGCUCCAAAUUUACGUACCAGGAUAAGUUUUCGCUGGUGUUGGUGGCAUUCUUUAAUAUUUAUCAUUUCUUUGGUGUAUAUCAGUUGAAGCCAUAGACUCAGGGGAAAUCAAGGGGCAUCUUAUUCAUAUUAGUGCGGAGAGCCUCACAGCAUACACUAUGCUUUCAGAACUUCUAUAAAGGCUGGUGUAGAUGCUAUUCAUAGACGCUGGGAAUAUUUUAUCUUGUUUAUUAGUUGGGUGGUUUAAGCAAGGUUGAAAACACGAUUACGAAGAAAAUCCGUAGAGUGAUGCUGGGAAGUUGUAACUUUACUUAUAAUAUUGCCUUAAUGGAAUGUUCACGUGGACAAUCUAGUUUUCUUAGGGUCCAUUGCUUAUAGCAUCUAUCAUUCGCCGUUGCGGUUACGGAUGCGUGUGAUGUGCUGGUUUUAGUGGUUUUCUCGUUUGUAUUGCUGUAAAAAACCAGUCUUUUGCCGAAGGUCGAUGCAAACAGUAACGUCCCAAGUUUUA